AUGCUGUGGGGACGCACUCACGAGUCAAUAGCGUCAGUAAUCAACUCACAUGAGAUGGAGGGGUUGUGGAUGGCCUUAACAACAGCUUUGACUGGAGCUGCAGUUGCACAUUAUCGAGAAGGGCAGGAAAAGAAGGUGUGGGUUGGGGAGGAGGAGGAGGAGGAGGAGGAGGAGGAGGAGGAAACUUCUGAUGACAGUCAGUUGUGUUCAGGUUCGGACACUGAAACACUGGCCUAG